AUGCAGGAACCAACCUACGACCCUAGCCGCCCGAUGCCCACGCUAGAAAUCGCCUACUCGUACAAGCUGGUUGGCAUCCCCAACAAGACAAUCGUUAGUCUGCGCGUCGAAUUUCCACCCAAUGGAUCAACUCCCCCGCAUCGCCACGGGGGUGCGAACGUUGGUGCUUACGUCCUCAAAGGAACCCUCCUCAAUAAAAUGAACGAAGCGCCCAUGAAAACCAUCGAAGAGGGCGGAAGCUGGUUUGAAGCACCGGGUUGUCAUCAUCGCAUCAGCGAUAAUGCCAGCAAGACCGAGCCAGCGACGCUCAUUGCCACUAUGAUCACAGAUACUGAUGUGUUUGAGAGGGAUGGCAUGGGGGCGCUUCUCCAGAUUGACGAGGAGUAUCGGAAAUGA